UUAUAAUAAUAUCUUUCACCCUUCAGUGUUGCACUUGUUUUUCCUUUGAGUCCCAUAUUUGUAAUUGUGUAAUCGAUAUCGGUAGUUGCUCAUUCAUGUACAGUGAUAGUAAUAGGAGUUGAAUGACCUUAGUCGCGUGCUUCAAACAGCUUUUUUUCCACUGUCCGUGAACUACAUCUGAGGACGCUCUGCUGUUGAAAGACUUCUUACAGCUCUACUACGAUUUAGUCAUUUAAUUCAAAUACUCCAUAUUUACUUCAUAGAAAUUGUUCCUUACAGGUUUCCUCAUCAUCAAAAAGAACGCGAAAAACUAGAAAUGGCCGAAACCCAGGCUUUUGUGACUCUGGCCACUACAGAUGCCUAUAGCAUGGGAUGUAUAGUAGUAGGCAAAAGUUUGCGCAGACAUGGAACGUCAAGAAAGAUAGUGGUGAUGGUUUCCCCUGAUGUUUCUAGAUCAGCCAGAUUGGCUCUGGAGGAUGUUUUUGAUGAGGUUUUUGUAGUUGAUGUGUUGGAUAGUAAAGACAAGGCUCAUCUCGCCUGGCUGGGACGUCCUGAAUUGGGGAUCACCUUCACCAAACUACACUGCUGGACCCUUACACAGUACAGCAAGUGUGUGUUCUUGGAUGCAGACACACUUGUACUGUGUAAUGUGGAUGAGCUAUUUGAAUAUGAAGAACUGUCUGCAGCACCUGAUCCAGGCUGGCCGGAUUGCUUCAACACUGGUGUAUUUGUGUUUCGGCCCUCCCUGAAUACUCACACACAAAUACUGGAACACGCUGCACAGCACGGCAGCUUUGAUGGGGGAGACCAGGGUCUUUUAAACACUUUCUUCAAUGACUGGGCAGUAAAAGAUAUCAGGAAGCAUCUGCCAUUUGUGUACAACUUGACAUCCAGUGCCGUCUACACAUAUCUGCCAGCAUUUCAGCAGUAUGGUCACCAUGCAAAAAUUGUCCAUUUCUUGGGUGGAACCAAACCCUGGCAUAUUCCAUAUGAUUCACAGGCUGCCAAUGAAUCUUCUUUUAGGGAUUACAGAAAGAACUUUGAGCAAUUCAUCAAUUUAUGGUGGGUGGAGUAUUAUAGUCAAAGACAGACAAAAGCUAAAAUGGAGGACAACAAUGAAGAGUAUGAAAGACUACAUUCACCUCAGUCAGUGCAGCAGUUUGUUCCUCCACAAACGCAUCAUUCUCCAUCACAAAGCCAAAAGAAAAGCAUUGAAGCCCAGCACACUGAACCGACACCUCUCCAAGAUCUCUCUUUGGAUUCACUGACAAUCAGUUCCUCUAAAAAGCCAGAGGAAACAAAUAUUCUCUUUGAUGUUCUGUCUACUGUGGAGACUGAAGAGACUCUUGUUGUAAGCCCUUCAUCUGAGCACACAGAACCAGACGCUGGUGAAGACUCUGCCGGAGCCACUGGAGAAGCAGCGGCAGCUGAAGCAGAGCGGGAGGAUCUGCAGCAUCGACUGAUGUGGGAAGCAGGACACAUUGAUUAUAUGGGCAAAGACGCCUUCGACAACAUCAAGAAGAAGCUUGAUCUGUUUCUCGAUUAAUUGUGUGCUGGAUGGCAGCAUAUAACACACACUACUUCUGUUCGUACUGUAUGUGUAUUAACAUCUCAACUGUUACAUUUUCAUCGCAUAUAUAAUGUAAUAUAAUAUAAUAUAAUAAUUUUACCUACCUCUGAAGAAUAUUGUCAUAAUAACUGGAUUAUAUAAAAUAUGCUGUGAGCUUUUAUUUGCAGUUUUAUGAAAUUGAGACACUGCUGUCAAAAAUGCUGUUUUUGAUCCAAGUUUUUUUUUUUUCAAGCUAAUGAACUGUCAUGAUUAGAGGCGAUCUAACCACCAGAGGUCGCUGGUAAACACUCACAUUCACAUGGACUACAUCUUAUGAACUACAAAUUCAGUCAUGCCGCACACACACACCUGCUCCAAGUCUCCACCGAUUGGACUCCCACAGCUGAUGCUGCUUCUAGACUGAUUACACACACUAUUUAAACAGCACACACAAUCACUUUCUUUGCCGAGUCUUGUUUACCUGUAAAGUGACAAUUCAACGCAUUUUCCUUAGUCUUGUUUCUCAGUGUUUUGACCCUUGCCAAGUUUGUCUGUUUGUCCAUGUUCGCUGCCUGCCUUCCGACCUCUCGCCUGUUAUAGUGACUACGAUUCUGGAUUUGCCUUUAUUCAUCUGUUUGCACCUGUGUUGACCCUUGCUUGCCUGACUACGGAAUAAACCUGCACUUGGAUCCUAA